AAAAGCUGUUCAAAGUAUCCACAACAUGUUUUGAAUGAACUUUGUCAUGAAUGCGUUUGCUCUCUAUUUCAUCUUCUAUCUCUUUCUUAGGCACAUCCCGUAUAAGUUUCGCAACUUCUACCUUGACUUCCACCGAAGAUGCCCAUAUACCCGAAUCCAGCAAUUCCCCUUCGUCCCAAACUCCGAAAGCAGAAUAUGUAGUCAAAAACCACCCCUUGAAGAACCCCUUUCAGUGGCAUUUCCAAAAUAAAGAAAGAAAGCUAGUGUUCUUCAACUUCCAAAGGCGAUUUAACGCUGUUGAAAAGUUCAGUGACCCACAUCACUAUAACCGUAGUCUAUGCUCUAUGAAUUGCUUCACGAGAUUAAACAUAAAUGACGUUCGCGUGAAAAAUGUUUCUGGCAGCACAAAUGCUGAAAAACAGAUGCAUAUCACGGACUUGGAAUCAAACUCUCACAAUAUAUGCACGUGUGCGAAAAAGGUAAAACUUAUCAAAAAGACAGAGACAAAAGAUACCAAAAAGAAAGCCUAUACAGAUACUACUGGACCAGCUACUACAUAUUACUUUUUCUCGCGAAAAAAACGCAAUACAGCAAACUCCCUAACAGAACCUCCAAUGAAGAAGAGCAAAAAGUGCACUAAUCUGGUCAAAUACAAAAAUAUGGUCGAUGAGCCGAAACUUAAAGAACCGUUGAGCAAAUGUUUGUUACUCAAGAAACAUAGAGCAAAGAGUCCUAACAAGGAUAUUAACCAACUCUUCCAUCGCGGUGUAGGCGGUGACGUCAUUCCCAAAGAACACAAUCAAGUACAAGCUGUUGAAGAUAAAGAACAUAAAUCACUACAAGAUCUAAUGUCAGUGUCAGAAUAUGACAAAAUAACUGAACACCUUAUGAUUUCACUAUUCGAAAAUCAUAAAAUAACACGCAAUUCUAAUAACAACGAAUUCAAAUACUACAUUAGUCAAGUCGUGAAGGAAUUGUACAAUGUCAAAUUCAGUCAAACAGAUGUUCAUCCAGUAAAAAUGCUAUUUAGAUCACUCUUAGAGUAUUGGCUGAAAAAUACAAGCGGCGAACAAUUCAAAGAGGCGAUGAAACGUGUCAAAUCAGUACAUAAACCAUCAAAUAGACACUUUACACAAGAUAAAAUUUUGUCCAGUUUUCUUCUGCAAAAUGCUACAAAGCAAACUCAGUUUCACGGUGUGAGUGACUUCAUAAACGACUAUGAAGUCGCAGAUCAAAUGCCUACUAAAGCUCCCAAAUCUAAUCUGCCAAAACCAAAACUAGAAAAGAAAGCAAUUAGAUGUCACAGCCCUAAACGAGACACAGAAAGUUUCGAAAAAGAGCGUCGAAUACAAGAACUUGAAAGAAUACUUAAGAACACAGUGUACGUGUGUGAAACAGUGCGCAGUAACCAAAGUAGAGAAAAAGACAUAAAAAUAACCAAAAGACUCAUAGACAACCUUGAGAAACUAUCUAAAAGGUCUGGCUUGAACAAUUUAAACGAAGGUCUAGACAAAUCUAAUUCUUCAUCGGAACUGCCUAAAAUACAAGAAACUAUUAAUCACCUUAUUAGUGAAACGUCAAUGCCACCGGAUGUUGCUAAAGAACUCUUAAAUGCUUAUUUAAGCGUACUCCUAAAUGAAAGUAGUAAGAGUAUGACACACAGCAGUUCGCAAUCGAGUGAUGAUAAAAAGUGCAACAAAAACGUACCUCCUAUGUGCGAAGUCCAAACAGAAUCAGUCCAAAGAAAAAUAUCCAAAAAUAUCACCACUACCAACUUUGGGGACAAUGCCAAUCAACUGAGUAAUACUGCAGAUCCUGGAGAACAGUACCUAAAAGAUAUUCUUGAUAAAAUCACAACUAUAUUUUCCAAAGUCGGCAAAGGCGACCCUAAAAACUUUGAUAAUAACGAUAAAUCAACAGGAGACAAAAAUAACGUACCCAAAGAUGAAUUAGGAAGACCAGUAAAAGAGUAUCAUGGGAAAAAUCUUAUACGUGAAAAUUAUGAUGAAAACUCUGUCGUUAUAGACCUGUCCAAGUAUGAUUUGGAGCACAUAUCGAUGUUCAGUGAUCCGUCACUUAAAGGAAUGAUGUCGAUCACGAUUAAACUUAAAGAAAAGCCGCCAAAUUUUGGAGAAUCCCAACGUCAGCUUAGUUUGAAAUUUUGCAAUGAAAGUAAAAAUUUAACGCCGCAAACCCAUUCCGACGAUUGGUUGCAGAAUUUGGAUAACAAUUCUUUGAAGAAAAUUUUCGAACCAAUCGAUGUAAGCUAUAAACAAAACUUGUAUGACUACGAUCCCAAUUGUCCUAAAGACAUGAUUGAACUAAAACCCUACAUAAGUAGCAGCAACGCAUCGUCUAGACCUUACUGUCAUAUUGUACAUGAAAGCGAGCAUUCUAUUGAUCUAUCUUUCCAAAGCAGUAACUUCUUCAAAAAAGACUAUCCUGAAGACAACGAAGACACGUCUUGUUACAUCGUUUCUUCUUUCAAGAAGAAUACUGUUUCAACUCCGUUACAAAAGAAGAAGAAAGUGCAUUUAAAGCACAGCAAUGGCUUGGUUCUGGGACCUCAGAUUCGUUCACCAAUUCAGUCUUCAAGCACCAAAUACCCUGAAGAAUACUCGGUGUUUGAACAACCCACUCCUAAAGUUAUAGAUGAAAAGUUCAUCCUUUUACUGUUAGAAAACCUUACGCUUCUCUCUAAGAAUCUUCCAAGUCUGUAUAAAGACCUAAAUGCUUUGUUUUUAAAGCUUAAAAAGAAACACGAAAAAGUCGUCCGCAAUGGAUGCAAUAUCCAAGGAUUGAGUCUGUUAGGUCGCAUAUACAAUGACGAUUUCAAACCAAAUGACCGUGGAACUCAAUUUGAUGAAGCUGAAUUCAACGAAACAAUGAACAAUCCUCCUAAAAUUCAAGAAGUAUCUGUGAAGACUUCUGAUAUUUUACUAACCACGAAAAAUCUCACUGAUGAAUCUAUUAGCACAACCGUUUUGAAGAACGAUAUCAAAACUGAAGAAGUCCAAACAGAAAAGGUACAAGAGACAAACGAAGUGAAGCUAAAAAUAUCAAUUUCGCACAUAGGAUUUUCUAAAGAGCAUUUAGGCAGAAAAUCCAAGUCUUUACAAAAUAUGCCGAAUCAAAAAGUCACGACUGAACAAGCUGUAUCCUGUCCAGUAUGGCCUAAAAAGGUAUCAACCAAAGAUUGUGCGAUGAGUACAAUAAUCAAAACUAUUUUGGAUCCUCCUGAACCGAAAUUUUCGAUUGCGCCGGCAAAGAAUUUCGAAAAUGUCCAACUGGUGACCAUUGAGAGGGAUUUCCCAAAAAUAUCUAACAGGAAUGCUGUGAUCUGUGUUAGAAAAGAGUUGGUAAAAGGUAUUAAUGCUUUAUCGCCGUCGGUAAGGGUUUCUACGCAGUCGCAGACAGACAAAAUAAUAUUGAGACACAGUAAAGAUGUAAAAGCGAACGAAUACAAUGCGUGCAAUGAGUUUAAGGUGUACCACGUAUUUUUGGGCGCGAAGGAACCGCUGCAGAAAUCAAAUUCGAUGAUGGAUUCGUUGUCUGUGACGAGAGAGCAGAGUGACGAUUUGAAAACGAUAUAUCGAUGCAACAGCGAGCCUUCCUUUUGUUCUGGUUAGACUUUCCAAAUAAAUAGUCUAGUUUCAAUCGUAAAA